UUAAAAUAUACACUAAUGAUUUAAUUACACGUCCCGCAGGUCUAUUUGGUUAAGUUGUUGUCAAUAUCCUUUUGUAAAACACUAUACAAAGGAGAACUCCUAUGCUUGUUUUCUUGUUUUGUUGUGUAUGGUCAAUAUAUGAAGCCUUCAUCCGCGAACAGCAGUUAGCGAUAGCUUAAGAUGAGACUGAUUACAGUUACCCUGUUAGAGAUAUGAAUAAUGUUUUGUUGCUGGCGUUUUGUUCGCGUAGUAUAACAUUGUCAUCGAACGCUGCUGGUGUGAUUGCACCCGCAAUGGAAGUGGACUACCAACUGGAGGACCCCCAGGCCGCGCUGGAGGAGGGUGAGCGUCUGGGCCGUGUGAAGGACAUGCGGCUGGAGGCCGAGGCCGUGGUCAGCGACGUGCUGUUCGCCGUCACACACAUGUCCGUCUCGCACGCGCUCAGCAGCAGCCUGGACGUGGCGUUCAUCAACGUGGAGACGAGAGAGGGAGACCGCUACUGCCUGGAGCUCAGCGAGGCAGGCCUACGGGUGGUGGGUCACACCUUUGACCAGGUGGAGGAGUCUCAGUGCUGCCCGGCGCACCUGACGGUGUACGAGAGUGUGUACGCGCUGCUGGACUCCCUCAGCCCCGGAUACAGACACGCCUUCGCCACCGCCCUGCUGCACAGGCUGGAGACACUGCAGCAGAGCACGCAGUGAACACACACACACGCACACACACACACACACACACACACACACACACCCCAUCUCCUCACCUGCUGUGCUCGUCUCCUGGAGAGGCUGCUGGUCACCUGUGGGAGCGGACAGGUGUGGACAGGUGUGGACAGGUGGGGCGUCACAGUGCUGCUACCGCGCUUCUCCAGGAGGGGGUGCUGCUGCUCCUGCUGCCUCUCCACUGCUACCAUGGCGACUGAGGAUCCACUGUUACCAUGACGACUCAGGAGGUGGACUUCUGCGCAUUGCUACCAGCAUCAUUAAACUUCUCCCUCAAAUAGCAGAGGAACGAAACAGAAACCCGUCUUGAUGCUUUUAAACACAGCUACCCGUUAGCAUGCAUCUGCAGCUAGCCGCUUCUACACAGCUACCCGUUAGCAUGCAUCUGCAGCUAGCCACUUCUACACAGCUACCCGUUAGCAUGCAUCUGCAGCUAGCCACUUCUACACAGCUACCCGUUAGCAUGCAUCUGCAGCUAGCCACUUCUACACAGCUACCCGUUAGCAUCUGCUGUUAGCCGCUUCUACACAGCUACCCGUUAGCAUUAGCAUCUUCAGCUAGCCACUUCCACACAGCUAGCCGCUUCUACACAGCUAUCUGUUAGCAUCUGCAGCUAGCCACUUCUACACAGCUAUCCGUUGUCAUUAGCAUCUGCAGUUAGCCACUUCUACACAGCUACCCGUUACCAUCUGCUGUUAGCCGCUUCUACACAGCUACCCGUUAGCAUCUGCAGUUAGCCACUUCUACACAGCUAUCUGUUAGCAUUAGCAUCUGCAGUUAGCCACUUCUACACAGCUCCCCAUUAGCAUUAGCAUCUUCAGUUAGCCACUUCCACACAGCUAUCCGUUAGCAUCUGCAGCUAACCACUUCUACACAGCUAUCCGUUAGCAUGCAUCUGUAGCUAGCCACUUAUACACAGCUAUCCGUUAGUAUCUGCUGCUAGCCACUUCUACAGGUUAUUCGUUAGCAUCUGCAGCGAGCCACUUCUACAGGUUAUUCGUUAGCAUCUGCAGCUAGCCACUUCUACCCCAAGGCGGGUAGCUGGCUUCGUUGUGUUGAAUUUGCACCACGAAACACCACGAGAUGACUGGUACGCCUUGCAGCCUUUGGGAAAUGUUUAGGAUUAAGGUUUAUGCAGGAUUAGGGUUUAGGAUUAAGGUUUAUGCAGGAUUAGGGUGUAGGAUUAAGAUUUAUGCAGGAUUAGGGUUUAGGAUUUGGGUUUAGGAUUAGGGUUUAUACAGAUGUUUUGUAGAGGGAGAGAGCAGUCAAAGAAGAAGUGCAAGGGUUAGGGUUAAGGGCCUCCACCUAAACAUUCGGUUCUGUCCCACGAGCCUCCACCUAAACAUUCGGUUCUGUCCCACGAGCCUCCACCUAAACAUUCGGUUCUGUCCCAUGAACCUCCACCUAAACAUUCGGUUCUGUCUCGCGGGCCACUCGCACACACACUCAGGAGGUUCACCUGCCCAAUUCAGUUCAACACACACACUCACGCACACACACACAUAGGUGGUUCAUCUGCCCAAUUCAGUUCAACACACACACACACACACAGGUGGUUCACCUGCCCAAUUCAGUUCAACACACACACACACACACACACACACACACACAGGUGGUUCACCUGCCCAAUACAGUUCAACACACACACACACACACACACACACACACACACACAUAUAGGUGGUUCACCUGCCCAAUUCAGUUCAACACACACACACACACAGGUGGUUUACCUGCCUAAUUCAGUUCAACACACACACACAGGUGCAACACACAUACACACACACAGGAGGUCACCUGCCCAAUUCAGUUCGACCCUGCUGAAAAAACCAGCCUGACCAGCUAAAGGUGGUUUGCUGGUUGACCAGCUUGUUAACCAGCUUGUUUGACCACCCUUUGAUGGUUAACCAGCUAGACCAGCAAAACUCUCGCGAAAACACACCUUCAGCUGGUUUACCCAGCUUAUGAUGGUAAUUCAGCUGGUUUUGAUUGUCGUACCACCUUAAGCUGGUCAUUUUAGUUGGUGUUGCUGGUCUACAUUGCUGGUUUUUACUGGCCACGCCAGCUUAUGUUGGUCAUUCUAGAAAACCAGCUUGACCAUCUUUGUCAAGCUGGACAGGCUGGUCACCAGCAUGACCAUCUUAAACCAGCUGUAUCCCAAACGACAGGCUGGUCACACCAGCACGACCAGCUUCCUCAGAUGGUCACGCCAGCAUGUCUAGCUGGUGGCCUAACCAGCUACACCAGCAAAGACCAGCAAUAAGAACUGUGUUUUGGGCAAAGACCAGCUAAAACCAGCUAAAACCAGCUACCAGCCUAAGCUGGUUUCUUGCUGGUUUUUUCAGCAGGGGACACACACACACACACACACAGGUGGUUCACCUGCCCAAUUCAGUUCAACACACACACACACACACACACACACACACACACACACACACACACACACAGGUGGUUCACCUGCCCAAUUCAGUUCAACACACACACACACACACACACACACACACAGGUGGUUCACCUGCCCAAUUCAGUUCAACACACACACACACACACAGGUGGUUCACCUGCCCAAUUCAGUUCAACACACACACACACACACAGGUGGGUCACCUGCCCAAUUCAGUUCAACACACACACACACACACACACACACACACACACACACACACACACACACACACACACACACACACACAGGUGGUUCACCUGCCCAAUUCAGUUCAACACACACACACACACACACACACACACACAGGUGGUUCACCUGCCCAAUUCAGUGCAGAAUGACGGAACAUUCCAGUCAGCUGGCGCCUGAGAGAAGCACACGCAGCAGCACGACUGCGCUAACGCUAACGGAGAGGGCUACUGAGUCGCUAUGGCAACACACACAGUAGAGUCACUAUGGCAACACACACAGGGGAGUUGCUAUGGCAACACACACAGGGGCCUGUGGAUGUUGUAUCUCAUGGUGAUCUCAUCUCUUACACUUCUCAGCUGCUCGCUUGUAACUGCUAUAAGAGUUAUAUUUAUAUUGUGUAUGGUCCUGUAACCGCUAUGAGAGUUAUAUUUAUAUUAUUGUGUAUGUUUCUGUCCAGUACAAACUAAGUUCUCAGUGGACAUGGCACACCGCUACUGGAUACCCAUGUAGCAGGCUAGCACUCUUAUAUUAUACUAGUGUGAAGCCUAUUUAAUGGUGUGUGUGUGUGUGCGUGCGUGCGUGUGAACGCGAAUGAAAGGGAGCAUGAGACCUUACUGUGUUCUGAGCGUAUGUUCUGUGAUGUUCCUGAGCAUACAGUAUGUUCUGUGAUGUUCCUGAGCAUACAGUAUGUUCUGUGAUGUUCCUGAGAGUAUGUUCUGUGAUGUUCCUGAGCGUACAGUAUGUUCUGUGAUGUUCCUGAGCGUACAGUAUGUUCUGUGAUGUUCCUGAGCAUACAUUAUGUCCUGUGAGGCCUUUUUGCAACUGCAGUGUUUGCUGACAGCUUGAUAAUAAAAUGGAGUGUUUUCAACAGA